UUUGAAUCAAGUGACAUUGAUUCGGGGAUAGGACAAUAUGGGUAAAGUCGGACUAGUCACAGCCCUCAUGAUCGGCACCCUAGGCGGUGGCUGGCUCGGUAUGUGUCUCGUUGAGGACAAGAAAGCACAAAUGCGGCACGAGUUCCUCGCCAAAGUCAGAGCACAGAGAACCGAGGAAGUCAUGCGCAACGGACCGAAGUUGAGGCAUGUCGAUGGAGGACCUCUAACGAUUUCCGAAGUUCUGUCGGGGAAGGUGCAGUGAAGUGGUGCAUAUAUCCACUCUCGACUUUGAGUGAAUGGAUGCAUAUAAUCCAGCCCGUUCGAAACGCACGAUAAGAACAUUACUUGGAGUUUUGGGUGUGAGCUGAUUGCACUGGAAUGUGUCUGUACGAUACCGUAACCCCGGACUGCUACACAAAGCCAAGACCAAUUGCCAGAACCAGAAAGCGAAGGAAGGCGUUUUGUU